AUCAAGCCCAAGGAGGUUAUUUCUUCCACCACUGCGUCUUCUGCGAGCAGCGUUCCUUCAGCGGUGCCAAAGAUCAAGCUCGAAACCACCAGCAACGUCACCAUGGUUAAAGUUGCACCAAAAGUCAAUGCGCCUGUCCUACUCGCCCCACCCAAGGAUCCGGUCCCGAUAGCCCCGCGACCUUCCCAGAAACGGAGGCUGGAGGAGGAGAGCGAGGAGGAAAAAACCGAUGAGGAGAAAGACGUUGAAAGCGAGAUGGGUCCCGGAACCACCAACCGCAUGGUGCCGAAGGUCUCCACCACUCCCAUCAACAACAGGCCUUCCUCAACCAUGGUGUCGCAGAAACAGAACGGGCUGAACUACUGGACCUCCAAAGUCCCCAUCAAGAUCAACACCGUAUCCAGAGAACAGCUGGCUCUCCCCGCGCACACCCCGCCUCGUCCCAUCCCCCCUCCUCCCACCCCGAGCAUUGCCCCGGUCAGCCCAAACACCCCGAGCUCCGCCAAAGCGGCCAGCCUCUCCACCCCGCCCGCAGCCAAGUCCAGCCCCACGGAAAGCAGCUUCCUGCCCCACUCGUCCAGCCGCAGGCCGCGGACGCACCUGUCCUGCCUGCAGCUGUCCAUCCUGCAGUCCUGUUACGAGACCUGCGCCCAUCCCAACGCCAUGGAGUGCGAGGCGAUCGGCACGGAGCUCAACCUGCCGCUCAAGGUGGUGCAGAUCUGGUUCCAGAACACCAGAGCCAAGGAGAAGCGCUGGAGACUGCAGCAGGAGAAAAUGUCUCCUGUGUCGGGCGGGAAGGUGGACAUGAGCUCAGGAAGCUACCUGCAGUACAGCGCUCUCAAAGCCAACCGGCCCAUCCUGCCCAAGCCGGUCCAGCUCACGGUCACAGAACCCGCCGGGUCCCGGUGGCCGCCGAUGGCGCUCGUCAACAAGAACGCGAGCGGGAACGGCACGUCCGGCAGCGCCGUGUCGGGCUCGCAGGUCUCUCUUUCCACUACUGUAACCAGCUCCGGCGCCGCUUCCGGGGCAGACGCGGUUAUCGAAAUGCCUCCAGCGACGGCCACCAGCAAAAGUUAA